CUAGACGACUGAAGCAACGGUGCUCGUGCAUCGCCGCCUUUCUUCGUCCCUACCGAGUAAUACCAGUCUCCAGCGACGGCGACGGUGACGGCGAAUUCGCACUUACCGUCGGCGGAUCAGGCGACAACCUUGAGAAACAAGGAAGCGUUCUGAUUUUUGAGCUAAAAAGGAAGGAGAAAAGAAAGCGGAAGAGGCUUUUUCUGUGAAUCGGAAUCUGGGAAUCUGGAGAUGGGAGUGAAAGUAGCUGCGGCGUGUUUGCAUUGGUCGCAAUCUUCGGUUCCUCAUCCGCCCUCGCCUCCUCAUCAUCCCAUCGCCUCCUCGGUUUCGUCGUUUUCAAAACGGCGCAGAUUCGCUGGGAGUGAGCGAUCUGUCGUUUGCCGGUUCGUCCACAAGCUGAACCGGCCGGCUACGCUUGGAACCCAACCGGCGAAGCUCCCCAGGUCCCGAUCCUGCGAGCUCCUGAACCUGAACCCCCCUGUACAACCGACGAUGAGACGGGCUUGUAGUGCCUAUCUAGAUUCCUUCUCUGGCGAGGGAUUUUCUAAGAGAACUGAAGAUUUGGGUUUGACUUUCCAUCAGUCAGAUGAGGAAGAAGAAACAGAAAUCUCCAGGUCUAAUGAAUCUGUUGAAGUAACCUGCCGGAGCUCUACGGCGCGAGGUAAUCUGAGAGUUUUUGAUCGUAUGGAGCCUCCAGAUUGGAUCCAUAGAGUAGGGAUGGUUCGGGCGGGUAUAGAUUGUAGGGCAAAUAGUUUCGGCAUCCCUCUGUCUUUGCGGAUUACGGAGAGAAAAAUGCAAUGGCGAGACGGGUUCAGAGAUGCAGGGGAGUUCCUGACGUGUUCUUCGAUGAAAAUGGCCUUUUCUAACAUGGUGUUCAUAAUCCAGGAACUCCAUCGCCACACUUUCAAGAUGAGAGAGAUGUUGUUCUAUGAAGAUUUAGAGGGUAUAAUAGGGAGAGUCCAGAAAGAUAUGCAAGCAUCUUUCGUGUGGCUAUUCCAGCAAGUCUUCUCACAGACUCCAACUUUAAUGGUCUAUGUGAUGAUACUUCUUGCCAAUUUCAGUGUCCAUUCUUUAGCUACAAGUUCUGCCUUUGCUUGUACCCCUCCAUGUGCCUCUGAAGAGGUCUCUGUGGUUGAAGGUCAUCACAGCCAUAUAAAUCAGAAAUUUGAUUUUUCAACCUUUUCAGCAUCCUCUUCUUCCAAUGGGAAGAGCAUAUCGAUUGGCGGAAACAGUGGGGGAGGUGGCAAAUUCAGGCCAGUUUCUGGUGGGACUGAUGGUGAUGGGAGGAGGUUUGAUGGUCUAGCCAUUGCAACUGAUGGAGUGUCUUCUUCAGCUACUACUGAAGAACAGACACUUUCUUCUGAUAAGGUUUCCAGCGAAGAAGAGUUGUUGUGGAAGUCUAUUUGUGAUGAGGCUUCAAGAUUGCAAUCUGAGUCACAAGAUCCGUCUUUGGAUCGUGAUACCAUUAUGAAUUUCGUUUCCCCCGUAAUCGGGAAGAUGGAGUCUUGUGAUAAUGCAGAUUAUUUUCGAACAGAGUUGUUUUACCAAUCAGAACUUGCCCAAGAGCCGAAGAAUACCCUUUUGCUUACCAAUUAUGCUCAGUUUCUUUACAUGGUUGUUCAAGACUAUGACAGAGCGGAGGAAUACUUCAAGAAAGCAACAGAGGUGGAGCCAAAGGAUGGAGAGGCACUAAACAAAUACGCAACGUUCCUUUGGCAAGCAAAGAAUGAACUUUGGGGAGCAGAAGAGGCCUACCAAGCAGCCAUAGACGCUGAGCCUGCAAAUUCCUUCUAUGCUGCAAGUUAUGCUCAUUUUCUAUGGAAUACUGGCGGAGAUGACACUUGCUAUCCUCUGGAAGAUGAUGAUCCGGCCCAAUAUGAUGAUAUUUGAAAAGAAAAAGAAGAGGAAAAGGAAACUGAAUGGAAAGAAUGCUGAAAGAGAAAAAAAGAACAGAAGAGAAAAGAGUGGAUGAAAGUAAUGUUUAGUACUCUUAUUGGAGAACUUGCUGACAGAUGAGAUAGGGUGAUUGGUGGUGGAAGGGUGGAAUCAUGGGUUCUCAAAUGAAGCUCAAAGCAUGGACAACAAGUAAUGGUCUCCAUAUUGGUCCAGAAACUAGAUGGAGUUGCUGAUAAGAGGAUGGGGAUGGUUCUGCUCAGUUCUGCUCAGUUCUGCUGUUCUUUUUUUACUAAAAUUUUCAAGCUAUGCACAGUUGGUUCAAGUUUUAGAUAUGUUGGUUGUUAUAGAAUGGCAUUUGCAUAUUGUAAUUAAACGUCUUGUUAAUAUCAUAAAUGCCUAAACUUUACCUCAAUUACUUCGUUUAAAGUUUUAUUACUAGACUUGAUGAUAUACACCCCACCCCCCAGGAAAUCUGUGUAAAAGGUGUCGUAAUUUAACAGCAAUGGAGCAC